CGAAGUAUACCCCUUCUCCCUUUCUCUCUCUCUCUCUCUCUCUCUCUCUUUCUUCUUUUUUUUCCUCGUGCUUUUCUCAAACAAGCAUGGCGAAAAUUCUAAUCUAGUCUGAACAGAUAAAAUCUGCGCUGUGCUUUAUUUCUUUUAAAUAAAAGCGUGUUUUUAAUUCUAUUAUUUUAUUUUAUUUGAUUAUCAUUCAUUUAUUUAUUCGAAUUGAAAUUGAAUUCUCUGUUUUCACGGUGUUGUGUUCACAUGCAUACAUAUAUAGAGCAGCAGAGCAAAGAAGAGGAAACACAACAUGCAUACACCACCCUGCUGCCUAUCCCUCUAUAAGCACACAGAGAAAGAUAGAGAAGAACACACACACAAAAAAUGAACGAAAUUAGUUUCUGAGAUUAAGAAUCGUGGCUGGCGAAGGUUGUCCUUCCGAUAGGAAGGAAAGUAAGAAUAUAGAGAUUGGUGGUAAAAGAAAAAUAUCGAGGCUCGAGGAGGAGCAGGAGGAGGAGGAGGAGGAGAAGAAGAAACAGGAGGAGGUUUUAUUCGUUAAUUUGCAAUUUGCUGAUCGUGAAAGAAAUAUUUGUUUAUUAACGAAUCAACGACAAAAGUGGAAGGUAGAAGAGUGGCCGAGGACGAGCAGAAGAAGAGGGAGAAAAAGAAGAAGAAAAAAAAACGAAGGAAAAGGUGAAGAAAAGGAGAAAUCCCAUCAUACUCCUAUUAUUCGUGUUGUAAUACGAGUAUGAUCGGUAUAGCUAGGAGAAAUUGGGCUUUACGCCUAUCGGUGGUGCUUAACGUCUGCGUACUCCUUUAUGUGUGCGCACAUUUUGGAUCCUCAUCCGGCCCUUGGAUUGAAGAACCACAAACCAAUUGGGCUGCUGCUGCACCACCAGCUCCAGCCCCACCUGCAGCACAAGUACAAGGUUCAAGAAAUUCGAUUCUUCAAGAAGAUGGUAUUGUUAGUGAUACUGGUACUGCUGGUGGUGCUGGUGGAACUGUUGUUGCUGGAGCAUCAUCAUCUGUUGAUCGUCUUUCGAAUGGUACAUUGAUAUCUAUCCUUUCUUCUUUUUCUUCUUCCUCCUCGUCUUCUUCAUCAUCAUCUUCUUCUGCUUCUUCUUCUUCUUCUUCUUCAUUGUUAUCACCUAUCCCAUCCUUUUUAACAAACAAAAGAAACAAGAAGGAAGAUGUUUCGAUGAACGAAAUGACUGGAGGGAUCGUCACUAUAAAACCCACUUCAAAGGAGGCCAAGGUCAACAAAGUACUUGACGAUACGAUUGGACGAGACGAUCUUCGUGCUCGUAAUCGUACGAAAAACAUCAAUGGAUCAGCACCAGCAUCAGCACCAGCACCAGAAUCAGCUGCCACUUUGAAGGAAGCCAUAUCUUGCAAUGAAAAAUCAUUAGAACCUAGAAGAGCUCAACGUGGUGACUAUUGGGUUCUAUAUAAUUACGUACCUAUGAGUAUGAAAGUUAAAUGCUGGGAAAGUGUAACUUACACUACUCAUGCCGAUUAUACCUUUCUGGAUAACUUGGAACCUUUGUUAGAACGUUGGAGAGCACCAAUAUCGAUCGCGAUGCAUGCUCCUGGCACAGACUUUUCGGCGACUCUAGACGCGAUCAAAUAUUCCAGAAAUUGUGGUAGUCCAUUGGUUUUUCAAUUAGUGACAUUUCAUGUCUUUUUCAGCAGUAAACACGUGCCAAAAUCGGUUCCACCAUCGGAAAAAGUCAUGUCUGAUGCGUACAAUUGUACGUUGGGGCCACCCUGGGUCAAUAUAACUCUUUCGAAGAUGUACAAAAACGAGAAGAAAUUACUUUAUCCCGUUAACGUUGGAAGAAACAUAGCAAGAGAAUCUGCACCAACGUAUUAUGUAUUUGCAAGUGACAUUGAAUUAUAUCCAAGUCCAAAUCUUCCGGAAAAGUUUCUUGAAAUGAUUCGUAAGAGGGAUCAAGCGGCAUUACUUAAAUCUAAUCCUAAGGUUUAUGUCUUGUCAAUCUUCGAAAUUAAUGAAAAGUAUCGGCCGCCGAACAAUAAAACUCAUUUGGUACAAAUGUUGAAAGCAGGAACAGCUAUUCCAUUUCAUAAGAAACUUUGUUCCGGUUGUCAUAACGUUCCACGAAGUAAGGAAUGGCAGGAAGCACCUGAAACCGAAGGCCUUCAUGUAUUUCACGUUGGAAAACGUACGGGUAGCUUCGUUCAUUGGGAACCUAUUUUUAUAGGAACUAAUGAAGAACCUUUAUACGAUGAACGACUCAGUUGGGAAGGAAAAAGUGAUAAGAUGCCCCAGGGUUACGCACUUUGUGUCCUUGAUUACGACUUUCUCAUUCUGGACAACGCUUUUUUGGUUCAUCGUCCCGGUAUAAAGAUCUUCAAAAAGGAUCCUCAUCGAGAAAUGUUAACUGCUAAGACGAAUGCUCUAAUUAAAAAAAUUAUUGUACCGGAAUUAAAAAUCUUGUAUGGCACGAGAAAAGGAUGUGCUGUCUAGCCUCUGCCACUACGAGCGUCCUAGCGCUCUAGAUAAACAUAUAAAUGCAAACAUAUACUGAUCAGCUCUUAUUGAUAAUGAGCUAACAGUUUGAUCUUAAAGUUUCUACGCCAAUAAUAUACAGGAAACACAACUUAUUAAAUUGUGUUGAUAAGAAUGGUCAUUCAAAAAUAAUAUGUUCCAUGAAAUUGUGCCAAUUCAAUGAUACAUUUAAUCAAAGAUUCACACAGACAUCCUCGCUUCUAUCAUUAAAACAAGGUAUCUUUUAGAAUUAUUUUCUUUUUAUUUAAAAUAGUUUCUUUAUAUAUAUAUGUUCCAUAAGUGAAAAUGAA